CCGGCCGGGGGCCCCGUCCUGGGCCCGGACCUGGCGGCGGAGCUGGUGCGGCGGCAGUGCCCCGAGGCCCUGCCUGGCCUGGGCAUCCUGGUCGGCUACGACAGCAGGCUGCACGGCGAUCUUCCUGCCGAGCGAGGCAAGAGGCAUCACAUGAGGAGGAUACAGCAGCACUACGGUGUCCCCUUCGGCAAGAUGUUGCUGCUAGUCCUGGAGGGUUCCAAGGGCGGCUGGGGCAGAGAGGGUUUGCCCGUCUCCCUCGGUUUCGACCUUUUUCCAGGGCCAGGCGGAGAUUUCAAGUCACCAUCGAGAAAAGGAUCCUGA